CCGGCGGCGCCGAUGGGGCUGGGGGCCUGGCUGCGCUCGCUGGGCGGCUGCUGCGGCUGCUGCAGGGGGGAGGCGGCGGCACCCGAGAAGGAGCCCUUGCUCAGUAACAACAAUCCCUAUGCCUCCUUCGGAGCCACUCUGGCACGGGAUGAGGAGCAGAACCUGUGGAGCACCCCACAUGAUGUGACCCACACGGAGGCGGAUGACGACCGGGUGCUGUACAACAUGAUUGUGGUCAGGAACCAGCUGGACAAGGACUCAGAGGAAUGGCAAAAGCUCAACUAUGAUAUUUAUACCUUACGGCAGACCCGAAAAGAAGUGAGAAACAGGUGGAAACGUAUUUUGGAGGAUUUAGGUUUCCAGAAGGAAGCGGACUCCCUCUUGUCGGUGACCAAACUCAGCAUCAUCAGUGAUUCCCAGAACAUGAGCAAAGCCCGGGACAUCCUGUUAAAGCUCUCUGAAGAGACAAACAUCUUCCCGACCAGCUGGGAGCUUUCUGAGCGCUACCUCUUUGUGGUGGACCGGCUCAUAGCUCUGGAUGCUGCGGAUGAGUUCUUCAGGAUGGCAAGUGUGGCAUAUCCAAAGAGGCCCAGUGGGGAAAGAGUGGAUGAGAGCCCUGGAUCUCUGCCAUGAUGCCCUGAGGAACAUGCCUUGCUGGUGUGAAGUGGACAGUGGGUUUCUUUCCCUCCAGGACCGGGCUCCAUUGCUGAGGUGCUGGCACACGUGGUGCCACUCCUUGUUUUCCUGCAGAGAAACAAGUGGGCUGGCCAGAGCAGAGUAAGGAGGUCAGCGAGCUGUGCCCCAUCAGGAGGGCCCAGGAAGGCAGAUGCUGGCCCCAAGGUGCUCCCAUGCAAAAGGGAGCAAGAAUUGCCCUAGUGUAGCCCUGGUGGGAGAGUCCCAGCCUUGUAGUGCAUGCAAUAGUCACGAGGGGAACCUGCUGUGUGAGGUGUUGCUGUAAAAGCUGAGGUGUCUCUAGUUACAGAUGCUGUGAGGAGAUCCACGUUUCCACCUUCUGCUGGUACCUGAUACUGUCCCCUCCCUCCACCCUGCUAGUCGGGAGGAACAACAAGAAAGGAAAAACACCUCAGCUGUCUACAUCUCUGUGACAUUUCUCUGUGUGCUGGUUCUCUUCCUCACCCCCAGCCCAUGGCAGCCCUGCUGGGCAGGUCCCAGGCCUGUAGCUGGGAGAAGAGUUAAAAGCCUUAGAGCAGUGUCCCAGUUGGGUGCUCUCUCCCCACCAGUAGUGGUUUGGAGGUGUGUAUGUCAGGAGUGCUCAGCCCAAUGUCUUAAGGUAGGUUUUAGGAAGGUGCCAAGGUCAGACCUGCUGAGUGGUUAGCUCCUAAUACCCUCAGAUUGGAUGCCCAACAUCUUAAUUUAGUUUCUGAAAGUUUUGGUCUUAAUUGCAUUUAAUAAAAAACACUAUAAAGCUGCAUGUGCUGUCAAUAUAUAUACCAUCCCUGCUGUUAAUGAGGAUUUUUAAUGAACAUCUGUGGUAUAUUGGGGUUUUAUCUCAUAAUGAGCAAUAAUUUUAAAACACUGGAUUUGAUCUUUGGAAAACAAGAGGAAGUGUUUCACUGAUUAACAUGUGUGCUGCUAAUUGGCCAGUUGAAAAUGCUGGUUACACAGGACCUCUCAAAGUAGCACAACAGAGGUUUUAUUUGUUUAUACCUACAAUGUUUGAAAUCUCUCUAUAUAUUUAUUAAUUGUCUCUGUUUGUCAGUCUUCCUGGGAAACAGCUUUGUCAACUGAGGACAUCAGUGAAAAAUGACUUUAGUAAAUAAAACAUGUUGCAAAACUUAA